GAAAAAGCCGAAUAUUUUCCCUGAGACGUCGCGGCUGCUCACAGCUGACCGUUUUUUCCUCUCAGUUGGAAUAGGUCUGGACUUCAGUCACCGGGAACAAAACAUCUUCUGUUCUUCUCCGCUUCCUCAUUCUGGUUUGAAUCACUUUGUGGUGUUUUUUCUUGUUUUUGGUGUUUUGGAGAGACCGGAAGUGUGGAACUUGUGACAGCAGCAUGGGGUGAAUCUGAAGAUGUGGAUUUUAUUCCGGUGAUGAAGAAAGUGACAAAACUCAAGGAAGCUGUGUGGGAUUUCAUGUGUUAAAGGAGCAAUAUGCAAGAAUCCUAAAGUGAAAUGAUCACAAAAGUCUAAUGAAGCAGAAAUCACCAUGGUGAAGGAGAGCCUACCCAACUGGGUCCACCAGGACUCUGAUGAAGGUCUUGUCCACGUGAACGUUGGUGGUCUGAAGAGGAGCCUCUGUUCCAGCACGCUGAAGAAAUUCCCAGACACCAGACUGGGAAAACUGUUGGCGUGUGACUCAGAGGAGGACAUUCUGCAGGUGUGUGAUGAUUAUGACGUGCAGCAGAAGGAGUUUUAUUUUGACAGGAAUCCCGGCCUCUUCCCUUAUGUCCUCCACUUUUACCAGACUGGGAAACUUCACGUGAUGGAGGAGCUCUGUGUUUUCUCCUUCAGUCAGGAGAUUGAGUACUGGGGCAUCAAUGAGUUCUUCCUGGACACCUGCUGCAGUUACCGAUAUCACGACCGCAAGCUGGAGAGCAGCAAACACCGCAGCUGGGACGACGAGAGCGACGUCAGCAGCAUCGACACUUCGGUGGAUGAAAUAUCCGACUUAAACAAAGACAUGCAGCACUUCCAGGAGGUGCGUUAUGGGAACAUCAAGAAGUGUUUGUGGCUGACGCUGGAGAACCCAGGUUACUCCAUCCCCAGCAAGCUCUUCAGCCUGCUCUCCAUUGGAGUCGUGAUCACAUCCAUCACCACGAUGUGCAUCAACAGCAUCCCAGAGUAUCAGACUUUUGACUCUGAUGGGAAGUUGAUCGAAGACCCAACCACGCAGACUCUGGAGGUCUUCUGCAGCUGCUGGUUCACUUUUGAGGUUGUGACGCGGCUGCUGCUUACGCCAAACAGAAAGAAAUUCUUUCGCCACCCUCUGAACAUCAUCGACAUGGUAUCUGUGGUUCCCAUCUACAUCACCCUCGUCUUCGACUUGUUUGUGGGAUCGGAGUCUGAACUGGGAGACCUGGGACGACUUAUACAGGUGUUCAGGUUAAUGAGGAUCUUCAGAGUGUUGAAGUUGGCCCGACACUCGACCGGUCUGCGUUCGCUGGGAGCCACGCUUCGGCACAGUUACCGGGAAGUCGGGAUACUGCUGCUCUACCUGGGUGUCGGAGUGUCGGUCUUCUCAGGAAUCGCCUACACUGCUGAAUGUGAGGAGGACGUGGGUCUGGACACCAUCCCAGCCUGCUGGUGGUGGGGGACGGUGAGCAUGACCACGGUGGGUUACGGCGAUGUCGUUCCCGUUACGGUGGCCGGGAAGCUGGCGGCAAGCGGCUGCAUCCUGGGGGGCACUCUGGUGGUGGCUCUGCCCAUCACCAUCAUCUUCAACAAGUUCUCUCACUUCUACCGCCGGCAGAAAGCUCUGGAGGCCUCGGUGAGGAACAACAACCAGAAGAAUGUGAGGAUGAGCGAGCCAGAGGAGGAUGAAGAAUCUGACGGGGACAGCUGUUGCCUGGACGACGAUGAUAUUGAUGAUAUUGAGAAGGACGACAUAGAUUAUGAGGAUGAAGGAGGCGUGAUAAACUACAGUUAUGUGGAGCAUCCGACCUGCUCGUCAGUUAUUAGAAAAAAGGAGUUUUAUCAGCUGUAAAGAUCAGCUAAUCUUCAUCCACGCCACCUUCUGCCCGACUGAUGAGCUGCAACUCCGGGAACCGAACAAACUACAAGAACAAUACAUGACGAGAGUUUGGGAAGUUUGGAUGUCUAGCUUGUUAUUUAAGAACACUGAAACAUUUCCGGGCUUCCAUGAAAAACAUAUUUUAAUUUGGUGUUUUUUUGCUGUCAUUCGCUGUGCAUGUGGGCCAUUCCAGGGUGGACGUGAAAAUCAGAACACAGAAGCUGACUGAAUCAAAUCUGACACAAAAGUCAACAAACGACAUAGAAAGAUGUAGAAAGCAUGUUAAAAAAACAAUAAAAUAUACCAUAACAA